AUGCAAUAUGGACUAUUAAAGAAAUUGGAAGCUAACUUGGAUGUUCAAGACUAUGGAGGAGUAGGUAUAGAGCUUAAUAAGUCCCGUGAAUACGACAUCGAGAUUCAGAAAAUAAGCAUCCCAAAUCGCAAACUGGAAAGUCUUCAAAACAGGAAACUGUUGGAUCAGUUGCCCACAUUUAUGAAGAAUUGCCGGAAUGAAAGAAAGAACCUGUAUGUGGUGACAGAGGCCUAUGAAUUGACCAAGGAUAGUGUUCUGAAAGGCACAGGCAAUGGCAAAUUUUCAUUCAAAGGGUUCAUCAACCAGCUUNUCAAGGUUGGAGGCAGUGGUCAGUUGCAAACGGAGAAUUAUUCAAUACGUAUUCUAAAGGGUUCGGUGUUGGCCUACAAGAAGCAGCAGCUGGUCAUUGAGAAUAACACUUGUGUCAUUCUCCAUUCUGCUAAUGCUAAGAAGAAGACCUUUUCAGACCCACCUAAUUAUGCUUCUGCUCCUGAACCCACUGAAAGAUAUCAGAAUCUAAUCAUUGAUACGGGCUUAUGGAUAAAUGACAUGUCUCCAAUUGUGCUGAACGAUACCCAACUCAUUCUGCUGGCCCAGUCUGUGGAGAUGCGGCUCCUCCUGCAGCAACGAGAGCUGGUAAAGAGCAUCCUCCAGCCAAACUACAAGUAUCCCUGGCACAUUCCCUUCACACUCCAGCCUCAGCUUCUUGCCGCACUCCAGGGUGAGGGCUUGGCCAUUACUUAUAAAUUGCUGGAGGAGUGUGGUCUGAAGAUGGAGCCGAAUAACCCCAGGUCAACUUGGCAUUUGGAAGUCAAGAUGCCCCUAUCUGCUCUCUAUGGAAGCCUGUCAUUUUUACAGCAACUUUCNGNAGCCAACUCUCCCUCCAUGUCCAGCCUCAGUCCUGGAUACAUUUGA